UAGUAUUAAUAACAAUUCUUUUUAAACUAUAAUUCUUCAACCGUCAAAAAACCAAACUAAAGUAUUUGCUGGCUGACGUUAACGUGGGAUCAGAAAAAGAGUUGAACACCCCUUUCUUCUUCGUGGCUUAUCAACUAAGCAGGGACCAUGAGUAAGUUGUUUAGAGUAAAAGAAGAGCAGAGAGAACAAGCUGAGAAUGCAAAUGGAAAGCCACCAGUCAAGAAACAAAGUGCAGGAGUUAAUAGUGAUGUGGCAUCUGCGACCCCGAUGAAGGAUCCUUCAGCCGUGGGUAUACAGAGUUCGAAGGAGCUGACAUCUGGAGCUGAGCCACCAGUCGAUAUCCAAGAAGAUUGGGUUGCCUGUGAUAAAUGUCAGAAGUGGCGUCUUCUUCCAUAUGGUACAGAAAUCGAGCAACUGCCUAACAGGUGGCUGUGCAGUAUGUUAAACUGGCUUCCUGGAAUGAACCAUUGUAACAUUAGCGAGGAGGAAACGACAAGAGCUCUGCAUCAACUAAAUAGCCUUCAAGGGACCAUGGAUAAGUUGUCUAAAGUAAAAGAAAAGCAGAGAGAACAAGUUGAGAAUGCAAAUAGAAAGCCACCAGUCAAGAAAGAAAGUGCAGGAGAGUUGCGUCUUCAUAAAGUUGAUAGUGAUGUGGCAUGUGCGACCCCUAUGAAGGAUCCUUCGGCCGUGGGUAUACAGAGUGCGAAGGAGCUGACAUCUGGAGCUAAGCCACCAGUCGCACCUGUCAGUAUAAUCGAAGAGGAUUGGAUUGCCUGUGAUAUAUGUCAGCAGUGGCGUCUUCUUCCAUAUGGUACAGAAAUCAAGCAACUGCCUGAGAGGUGGCUUUGCAGUAUGUCAAACUGGCUGCCUGGAAUGAACCAUUGUGACAUUAGUGAGGAUGAGACGACAAGAGCUAUGCAUGUCCUAAAUAGCCUUCGCAAAAAUGCUGCUACAAGUGGGGCUGGAGUAAUUUCAGCUGAUAGGCAUGCCUACCGGAGGAAAGAAGAAACAUUAGUUAUUAAUUAAGAGAAACACCAACCUAAUUUUCAGAGUGAUGGUACUUCUUUGAUUUUUCUAUUAUUUUUUCCGCAGAUAAAGGACCAAUGUUAUUUGAAAUUGCCAAGAAAAAGAAAGAAUCAGGGUGAUAAUGGGAAACUAGUCUUUCUUGGUAAAUAUAUAUGAUAACAAACUUCAAUAUUUUUUACGUGUACAAAUGUAUGAAUAUUAUUACCAAAAUUAAUUAAUAUAUCUUAUUCAAGUAA